UGGCUUAUCAACCGACAGCCAAUGCAUCUGAUCGAAAUCAUAACGUCUGAUACAGAUCGUCUGAAGUCCAUCAUGAAGAUCAUCCUCUUUCUCACCAUCACCCUGAUCUCUCAGGGCUACAGUGCCAGAGUCUCUGACGCUGAGAUCAAGUCUCUGUCUGAGACGCUGUUCAAGUUAGACCAUAACAGGGCCACAGCCACAGAGCUGGUCAUUGAUCCUCAGACACUGAUCUCUUCAUCUGAGACCGGCUCCGAGGAUGACCACUCAUCUCGCCCAUUGUUCAAGCAAGUGAGUAGUACUUUGCUCUCCAAGCCCACGUAUCAAGCUCUGCUGAAUCUAUUAGACAACUAUAGAAGGGUGUCAGGGGAAGCGGAGGAUGUGACCUCACAGGAAGAGCAGGAGCAGGACACUUUCCUCCAAGAGACCAUGAACACUGAUGUGGGCAGGGAGCUUUACAAUUUCCUCCACUCUAAAGGUAUAUACUCAUCACAGAGCGAGUUUAUCCAGGAUCUGAAGAUGAUGUGGUUUGGUCUUUACUCUCGAUCUAAAGGCAAAAAACUGGACUCCAGCGGGUUUGAGCACACUUUUGCAGGGGAAAUUAAGAAAGGAAAGGUGUCUGGUUUCCACAACUGGCUGCAGUUUUAUCUGAAUGAGAAAGAGGGCCUCCUGAAUUACUACAGCCAUAGUUUUAAUGGCCCUUGGACCGCAUAUCCUGAUGUAUUGGGAAUGCAGUUUGAAUGGGAUGGCUAUUUCAAAGAGGUUGGUUCUGCCUUUAUUGGCUCUAGUCCUGAAUUUGAUCUGGCUAUCUACAGUCUCUGCUACAUCACCCGUCCUGGCAAGAAGUGUUAUGUGAGUCUGGGAGGAAACACUCUGGGCAUUCAGACCUAUACAUGGGAAAACAGUAGCUAUGGGGAUGGAAAGAAGUACAUUGCCUCCGCUUACCCUGCCACACCACGAUCAUCUGCCAUCUGAACAUCAGUAUCAACAGACUCACAACCAAAACAACUCAUAUGUAGUCUUCAUUUUUUCUUGGUUGUUCGAGGUUGAUGUUGGACCAAAUAAAACACAAGAAUAGAAAA